AUGUGGCAGUUGCGAAUAGACGGAGCGUCGAACCAAAAAGGAGCUGAAGCAGGUGUCGUCAACAUCACCCUAGAUGGAACCCUGUUAGAGCAAGCUAUCACGCUUGGCUUCCAGGCCUCAAACAACGAGAAAGAAUACGAGGCAUUGCUAGCUAGCUUGUGCUUGGUGAAUGAGCUAUCAAUCAAGAAGUUGGCCAUCUACUCAGAUUCCUAG